AUGACACCACCAAUUGCCACGGGAACAGAUGGCGAGGUGCCGGGUGAACCAGGCUUGAAGAAAGUCAACGGAGCAAAUGGAGUAAAAGGCACACAGAAACCAAGUCCCUAUACGAAAGGUCACAGCAUCCCGGAUUCGGAAAAUGACUUUUCUAUUCCACUCAACACGGAAUACGCUUACAAACCUCGCAAAAUACGAGUAGUAACCAUUGGAGCUGGCUUCUCGGGAUUGUUGAUGGCACACAAAAUUCAGCAUCGGUUUCCGGAGCUACAAGAAUUCGUCGACCACACCAUCUAUGAGGCUCGAAGUGAUGUCGGUGGCACCUGGCUGAUUAACAAUUAUCCGGGUGUUCAAUGUGAUGUCCCAUCACAUAUCUACGCGUUUCCAUUCGAUCCUAAUCCCAACUGGAGUCGUUUUUAUUCCAGUGGGGCGGAGAUUGAAGAGUACAUCAAAAGCACAGUGGAAAAGUGGAAUCUCGACCGUGAUAUCCAGCUAAAUACAAAAGUAACUGGCGCCACGUGGGAUGAAGACACUGGAAGAUGGAACUUGACAGUUGAGCAUAAUGGGGAGCAACGGGAGGAUUAUUGUGAUGUUUUGAUAUCAGCGCAGGGUGUUCUUGUCCACCAUUCAUGGCCUAAUAUCCCAGGUCUUCAUGACUUUAAGGGUCAUAUCACACAUUCUGCACACUGGGACCACGGUUAUGACUAUUCCCAUAAGCGAAUCGCAGUUAUCGGGAAUGGAUCAUCUGGUAUCCAAAUCACACCUCAGAUGGCCAAACUACCAGGAACUAAAGUGGUAAAUUUCAUGCGCAGUCCUGCUUGGUACCCCCAUCAAAGCAUCUCAGGAAGGGAUGUCGAAGACGCCAACCCGGCUUAUUCUGAAGAGGAGAUAUCGAUGUUCAAUGAUCCAGAAUCCCACAAACAGUAUCGGAAGGCUAUCAUUUCGCGAACCAACAAAGCUUUCCGCUUGUUUAUCAAGGGCGAGAAUAAUGAGGCGGCCGUCAAGUUUGGUGCUCAACAGAUGGCAGAAAAGCUCAAUCAUGAUCCUGAUUUAUGCGACAAACUUAUCCCUAAAUGGGAGGUUGGAUGUCGCCGUGUUACUCCUGGACCUGGAUAUUUGGAAGCUUUCGCAAAGCCAAACUGCAAUCUGAGCAAUAGCACAAUCACAAAGAUCACUGAGAAUGCAGUGCACACUGCUGAUGGAAAGAUCUUUGAGUGUGAUGUUGUUAUCUGUGCAACCGGCUUCGAUGUCUCUCAUCGCCCCCAUUAUCCAAUUGUUGGACAAAAUGGAACAAAUCUGGCAGACAAAUGGGCCGAUGAGCCACAAUCAUAUUUAUCGGUCGCAACAUCGGCUUUCCCGAACUACUUUAUCAUGAUGGGACCAAAUUGCCUUGGAGGCCAUGGUUCUCUAGUGGAAUCACUUAAUUGGACAGGCGACUAUUUUGUCAAGUGGAUCAAGAAAAUUGCAACCGAAGACAUUAAAUACGUGGUACCAAAGAAGUCAGUUGAAGAUGCGUUUGGAAAGUACGGCGAUGAGAUCCACAAGACCCUGGUCUGGACAGGUGGCUGCAAGAGUUGGUACAAACGCAAUCGGGUUGAUGGCCGGGUAACAGCUUUGUUUGGAGGAAGUGCCAUCUUGUUCAACCAGAUGAUCAGUGAUAUUCGACCGGAGGAUUUCAACAUUGAGUACAACAGUAUAAAUCCUUUCAGAUUCAUGGGGAACGGGUUUACUGAGUACGAGAUGACGGAGGGGAAUGACCUAUCAUUCUAUGUAGAAGUUGCAGAUGAAGUCUCCUCGGGUUGA